AUGGUGGUGUCUGGUCUAGCGGCGGCAUUAAUUGUUGUCAUCCUCGGCAGUUUUAUUUUACGUUAUACCGGGGCAGAUGAAGAAGUCCUGAAGAAGCCCAGUUUUACAGUUGAUCAUGUGGCGAACACAUUUCUGCUGGAUGGCGAACCAUUUCAAUAUAUUUCUGGAUCAUUUCAUUAUUUCCGCGCCCAUCCCAGGGCAUGGCAAAAACGUUUGAGGACAAUGAAGGCAGCUGGUUUGAAUGUAAUUGAUACUUAUGUCGAAUGGUCUCUACACAAUCCCCAUGAUGGUGUAUAUGAAUGGUCGAAGAUUGCCAAUGUGGAGAGGUUUUUGGAAUUGGCCCAGGCCGAGGGAUUCUAUGUGAUUUUAAGGCCAGGUCCCUAUAUAUGUGCUGAAAGGGAUAAUGGUGGCCUACCCCAUUGGCUGUUUACCAAAUACCCCGGCAUACAAUUGCGUACCAAUGAUGCCAAUUACACACACGAAGUUGCGGUUUGGUAUUCCAAAUUAAUGCCACGCAUGGAACGUUUCCUACGCGGCAAUGGAGGUCCCAUUAUAAUGGUGCAGGUGGAAAAUGAAUAUGGGGCAUUCCAUGCUUGUGAUCAUGACUAUUUAAAUUGGCUAAGGGAUGAGACCUUGAAAUAUGUUCAUGAUAAGGCACUGCUGUUUACAACGGAUAUACCAAAUGAUCGCAUAAAGUGUGGUAAAAUUGAGGGCGUGUUUGCCACAACGGAUUUUGGAUUUGAAAGGGUUGUUGAAAUGGAUAAUUUGUGGAAGAUCUUGAGAUCGGUACAGCCGACUGGACCUUUGGUAAAUUCAGAAUUCUAUCCUGGUUGGUUGACCCAUUGGCAGGAGGAAAAUCAAAGGCGGGAUCCCAAAUUGGUGGCUGAAGGUUUUAGAAAACUCCUCGAAGCCAAGGUCAAUGUCAAUUUCUACAUGUUCUUUGGUGGCACCAAUUUUGGUUUCACUGCCGGUGCCAAUAAUUUUGGUGACACGAAAUAUACCCCCGACAUAACCUCCUAUGAUUAUGAUGCCGUUAUGGAUGAAAUGGGCAAUGUAACGAAGAAAUACGAAAUGAUACGCGAUGUCAUUAAAGAAUUCCGAGAAAUACCCAAAGUUGAGGUGAUCCAAGAACAAGCAUUUGCCUAUGGUCGGGUUGAAAUGUCACCCGUUAUGAAUUUACUAUCAUCAGAGGCCCGGGCCAUUUUGGCCAAGGGCAAAACUCGUAGCUCUCUAAAACCCAUGACCUUUGAAGAAUUGGAUCAAUAUUCGGGACUGAUACUCUAUGAAACAAAUCUAAGUGGUAUUGUGGCGGGUCAGUCAUAUGUUUUGACUUUGAACGAUUUGAGAGAUCGUGCCUUGGUUUAUAUUGAUCAACAAUUUAAGGGUAUUUUAUCCAGGCAAAAUGCCAAAUAUUCCCUAACCUUAAAUGAUUUGAGAGAUUCCAAACUGCAGCUGCUUGUAGAGAAUCAGGGACGCAUUAAUUUCGACAUUGCCAAUGAUACCAAGGGUAUACUGGGAGCUGUGACUAUACAACCCCUCAAUGCCGAUAAGGUUUUAAUACUAAACGAUUGGUUGAAUACCGCUUUUCCCUUGGAGGAACCCGAGGUUACAGAUAUCUGGACGGGGGUGCAAAAUAAUAGUUUGACAUUUAUGGAAAAUGACACAAGUGGUGUGCUAGAUCAUGGCCCAAUUAUUUAUUAUGGGGAAUUUAUUGUCACUCAAGAACAUCACACCUAUUUGAAUCCCACGGGCUGGGGUAAAGGUGUUGCCUUUGUAAAUGGUUUUAAUAUUGGUCGUUAUUGGCCAGUGGCAGGGCCCCAAAUAACUCUAUAUGUUCCUCAGGAGAUUUUACAUAAAGGACGUAACUCUUUGGUCUUGAUUGAAUAUCAGCAAACCAAUCGUGCAGAUGUGAAUAGUAAACCGUAUAUUACACUUGAUGACACCGCACAAUUGGAUGCCAAGCCUCAAGAGCAGAGGGUCUAA